GGAAGCCCCUGAGGCAGAGGCUGGCCGCCCUUCCCACUGACUUGGGUUGGUUGGGGUUAGCGGUAGCCCCGAAGGCGGCGCCGACUAUACCCCUGGUCAGUACCGGAAACCCGCAAAGGGAGCCACACCUCCACUGCUGUCUCUGGUGCAUACAAAGCGCCACGCGGAGGACUUCCUGGAGGAGGCACCGCGGCUGCGAUUUGAACAGUUUAGCCUGGCAGCCCAGAUCCUAUUCCUUAGAGAAGACAAGGCCAUGGAAGCUAUGUUCCUGACAGCCAGCUGGCAGGCAUUUCUGUCCUUUGAAGAUGUGGCAAUGUAUUUUACAAGAGAGGAGUGGGGCCACCUUGACUGGACUCAAAAGGACCUCUACAGAGAUGUGAUGCUGGAGAAUUACAGGAGCAUGAUCUCAUUGGGAUUUCAGUUUCCUAAACCUGAGGUGAUCUGUCAGCUGGAGAACUGGGAUGAGCCAUGGAUCAUGGAUCUACCAAGAGCUGAAAAUAGGAAGGCUACCCAUAAUGUUUGCCCAGGUUUUGAAACUAGAUCCAAGAUGAAAAUACUAACUCCAAAGCAGAAAAUUUCUGAAGAUUUAGAGUCAUAUAAGAUAUCAAUGGUAAUGCAAGAAACAGCCAAGAAACUUUCAGAGAAGUUACAUAAAUGUAAUGAAUUUGUGGACAGUUGGAGGUUGGCAUUCCCUACUACUGGUGUUGACUACGAUAAGGGCCUCCUUCCAAAUCUUAACUUUAUUCAAGAUCAGAAUAAUCAAACUAGGAAGAAACAAGGCAAGUUCAGUGAGGAUGAGAAAUCCUCCAAUCAAAGAUCAUUACUUUUGAGGCAAGAACAAAGUCUUAGAAGAGCAAAAUCUUAUGAAUGCAGUGAAUGCGCCAAAGUGUUUAGGCGUAAAGCAUGUUUUGAUCAACAUCAGAGAAUUCACUUUUUAGAAAAUCCCUUUGAGUGUAAUGUAUGUGGGCAAGCCUUCAAGCAGCGGUCAGUUCUCAAUGUUCAUAAACAGUUCCACAUACAAAAAAGGCCAUAUAUGUGUCAUGACUGUGGAAAGUGUUUCCGUCAGCUCUCCUACCUCAUUGAACAUAAGAGGAUUCAUACCAAAGAAAAACCCUAUAAGUGUACUGAAUGUGAAAAAUCAUUCCGGCAGAAUUCAACCCUUAUUCGGCAUCAAGUAAUCCAUAGUGGAGAAAAGCCCCAUAAAUGCACUGAAUGUGGGAAAGCCUUUGGUCGAUACUCAACCCUUAUAUGCCAUCAACAAAUUCACAGUAAACAGAACAUCCAUAAAUGUAGUGAAUGUGGACAGGCCUUUGGACGCAAUGUAGAUCUUAUUCAGCAUCAAAGAACCCAUACUGAGGAUGAAUUCUUUGAAUGUAGAGAAUGUGGGAAAACAUUCAGUUUUAAGAGAAAUCUUUAUCGACAUCAGGUCAUUCACACUGGAAAAAGACCCUAUAGAUGUGACACAUGUGGGAAAACCUUCAUUUGGCACACAAGCUUUAUUAAACAUCGAGGUACUCACAAAGGACAGAUAUCUGCAUGAUAUUAAUUGGAACAGCUACCAUUUAAAGACCAGAAUUUGGGACAACCAGUUGGUAUGAUGGUUAAGGCAGCUGGAUCUCACAUGACUGACUGCAUGGUUUAAGUCUUGCACACAUUGUCUUGAAAAACUUGCCUAGAGCAUAUGCAUAUGUCUCCAAAAUCCCAAGGAGAAUGUAGAAAAGACUGCGGCAUGGUCAUCCUCCCUGGGAAGUACUUUCUCACUUUCUCUCGCUGGUGAGCAUAUGUGCCUAAUAGAAAAACACAUAAAGACCAGAACUUAACCAUCUGCUCUUAAGGGUAUAACCUUGAUAUUUUUCAUGGAGAGUAAUAAAUGGAACUGGUGUGGUUUUUCUGUGCAGGCCAUUUAUUUGUAGCGAACCUUCCUGCUGCAGUCAAGGAUUAUAGAAAAUGUAAUAGACUAUUGUGUCCUUCUUGAACCCACCCAGUAUCCUCAUUUUCUUCAGUUUAAAGCAGGAGGGAGGCAUAGCUUUUCCCUAUGGUCCUCAAGGCUGUGGACCAUGUGAUGAGUCAGGAACAUUUUAACAAAACCUUUCCUGGGUUAUAUAGAGAAAUGAUCUGGAGGGACCAGCAGUUGGCA